GGGAGGGGAGGAGAGCGCAAAGGAGCGAGGUGAGCCACGAUCUGCUCAUUCAGUUGGACUGAUGAGCGCAGAGCUCACGGACUAUCAAGAGGAACCAAGAAGCGAUCCUAACCUGGACCCGGUGCGUACUCCUCUACCAGAGCCUCUCCACAACAAGCCGAUGCCAUAGACCUGACCGGGGAUCAACCAGGGAACCACCAGGGAUCAACCAGGGAACCGCCAGGAUCAACCAGGGACCCGCACACCAAAGUCAUUUCAGCCAGCAGCUCAGUGUCUGUCAGCAGAGUUCCAACAACAUGCCGAAGCAAGUGGAGGUGAGGAUGCACGAGAGCCAGCUGGAGCCCGUGGAAGCCCGGCCUCAGAACAAAUGUGCCAAAAUAUGCGCCGCUUUGUCGAAGAACCUGCUGCUCACCCUCACCGUCCUGGGUGUGGUCAUGGGCGCGGUCUCGGGGAUGCUGCUCCGAGUGGCCUCCCCCAUCCACCCAGACAUCAUCAUGGUGAUCGCCUUCCCCGGAGACAUCCUCAUGAGAAUGUUGAAGAUGUUGAUUCUGCCGCUCAUCAUCUCCAGUCUGAUCACAGGACUCGCUGGCCUGGAUGCCAAAUCGAGUGGUCGCUUGGGCUCCAGAGCCAUGGUGUACUACAUGUCCACCACCAUCAUCGCGGCCAUCCUGGGAGUCAUCCUGGUAAUCGUGAUCCACCCCGGCGACCCUAAGCUAAAGGAGAACCUGGGAGAGGGCAUUAAGAACGACGACGUCUCCAGCUUGGACGCCGCCUUCGACCUGAUCAGGAACCUGUUUCCGGAGAACCUGGUGCAGGCCUGCUUCCAGCAGAUCCAGACGGUCACAACGAAGGUGGAGGUGAUUGUGGAGGAGGCCGUCAAUGCCACCAGUGUCGAUGGUUUGGUGGCAAACAUCACCAAGGAGCCUCAGAUCUUAAUCAAGAGGGCCCUGCAGUACAAAAGCGGCAUGAAUGUCCUGGGUCUUAUCGGUUUCUUUAUCGCUUUCGGCAUCUGCAUGGGCAAGAUGGGCGAGCGAGCCAAGCUCAUGCUGGAGUUCUUCAACAUCCUCAACGAGAUCGUGAUGAAAAUCGUCAUCAUGAUCAUGUGGUACUCUCCCUUCGGUAUCGCCUGUCUGAUCUGCGGUAAGAUCAUCUCCAUCGACGACCUGGAGACGGUUGCCCGGCAGCUGGGGAUGUACAUGGUCACCGUCAUCAUCGGACUCCUCAUCCACGGAGCCAUCUUCCUGCCCGGAAUCUACUUCGCCAUCGUCAGGAAGAACCCCUUCACCUUCUUCAUGGGCAUCUUCCAAGCUUGGAUCACAGCCCUGGGAACCGCUUCCAGCGCUGGCACGCUGCCCGUUACCUUCCGCUGUCUGGAGGAGAACCUGGGAAUCGACAAGAGAGUGACCCGUUUCGUGCUGCCCGUGGGCGCCACCAUCAACAUGGACGGAACCGCGCUGUACGAGGCCGUGGCCGCCAUCUUCAUCGCCCAGAUGAACGGCAUCUACCUGGACCCUGGCCAGAUCAUCACCGUCAGUCUGACCGCCACCUUGGCAAGUGUUGGAGCUGCCAGUAUCCCCAGUGCUGGACUGGUGACCAUGCUCUUGAUCCUGACCGCCGUUGGCCUGCCCACCCAAGACAUCAGUUUGCUGGUUGCUGUGGACUGGCUGCUGGACAGAUUCAGGACCUCAGUGAACGUGAUGGGAGAUUCCUACGGAGCCGCCAUCGUCUACCAUCUGUCCAAGGCUGAGCUGGACGAGCUGGACGCAAACACGGCCAAAAGCGACGACAUCGAAAUGUCGAAGACCCAGUCUUCUUAUUACGACGACAUCAAGAACCACCAGGAGAAUAACUCCAACCAGUGCGUCCUAAGUGCGACCGCCACCACCUCCGCUAACAAUACCGUCGUAGUAGAUGAGUGCAAGGUAACCUCGGCCACUAACGGCUCUGCGGCGGAAUGCAUACUUGUUGAAGAGGAGAAACAAGAAUAAUGGCAGCGCCAACAUCCCCCUGCAUCUGGGCUCCACAGGCUUUCUGACCCGGUGAAAACAGAGUGAAACCGAAAUGUCACACGAACAGAACUACUAAUUUUCCUUUUGAUGUUUUUUUUUUUGUACGUCCCUUUUAUAAUAUUUUUUCUAGCUGUCUUAUCUGACUGAUAUCUAUCUGAACUAAUACUCAUUCACAUGACUGUGAAGUAAUAAUUAUGACAGUUGUAUUUGAACCUGUUAGCGUACUGUAGUGUGCUACGUAGCAAACACUGAGACAACAUGCUUCAAGGCUCGGGGAAAGGAAAAUUAAAAAGGAAAAUACAAGAUACAGAAAGCACAGUUUUAGGAAUUUGUUGUAGUUACCGUUGGACCCUCUAACAAAGCUUUUAGAAAACUGAUAAUGAGCAGUGGGUAAACGAUCAAGACAAAGCAAAGGUUCGACAUAAGGGAUGGGACCGAAUAUUAUUUUUAAUGCGGGCAGCUCAGUGGACAAAGAGGAAGUUUGAACAUCGCCGAUGUGAGGCAGAGGGAGGGUUCGAUCCGCUUUCAGGUCGUUUUCUACACGCAGACCCCUUUAUCUUACACGCUAACCUCCUAAAGCUCGUCCGGUGGGGCCCCCUCUAGUCCAGAGAAAAUGGCAGACGGGGGAAGUACCUAAAGCCUUGAGAAAGAAUCAGUUACUGAAGCACACAUACGGUGGAAGUGCCGAGCACAACCCGCACCUCAGAGACCUCGCUACGCCACACUUCAAUGUCCAUUUCCUGUGUGUCGGCGGGGUUCCCUUACCCCGCCGUGACUCUGUGUGUGUGUGUGUGUUGCAUGAGGAUGUUCAGUGUGUGUGUGUGUGUGUGUGUGUGUGUGUGUGUGUGUGUGUGUGUGUGUGUGUGUCUUUGAGAAGGAGAGUGUUUGUCUGUGUGCACAGAUGUGUGUGUGUGAAAGGUCAAGGUAGCGAGAGUGAUAGCUGGUGAUUGAGACGUGAGAUAUGAGGACCAAACUAUAAAAAAUACAGCCCACUAUGAGGACCAAAAAUGAGGACCAAAAUAGACAACGCAAAUUGAAGAUGUGAUUGAUAGCAAUUCAUAAAUGUUCGACCCACACUAAUCAGUAAUAAUUCCCCCGAAAUAAAACUAAAACCUAAAAAUGGAAAAAAAAUUGCUGUCCAAUUAAGCACAAAUUUGACAAUGACUUAUUUUUCGAACCAAUGAUUUUAAAUUAAACUCAAUAAAUGAUGAUGAAGCACAAAAAAUGUGUCACGCCUUUUAAACACAUAAUAAAGAAAUGAAGCACAACAAUGAAGAAUAGCACAAAUGGUAUAGAGGGGCUUAAGAGAAUUGGAAGUGGCGACUCAACUAAACGUUGGCUCUGUUAGCCUCGCGGGUGUCCUUGCAUAAAAUGAUUAUUAGGAACAGGAGGGUCCACAGCUACACAGGCUUUGGUUGGCAAGGGAGAAGUGGAGCCUUUACUCAUUCAGUGUUACGGCGCUCUCCAAACAGAGACUGGCUCUCCUUCGGCGGACAGGUUUACAAUGUGCCAGUAUAGGAAAUCAUCAGUUUUACCAGAGGUUAUAAAAAGCACACACAAUGUCUUAAUUUACAUUCCAGUGGUCGCACAGCCACCUUAUAUACGCUACCAUGUUUACAACGACAACAACCACAAAGCACAAAUGCUAAUCUAAUUAAAGCAUGUAACGAUUAAGACCAUGUACAAGCAUAUCAUAUAUAUCAUGUGGAUCUCGUGGCUCCCACGCUAAGAGCAUACCGUCAACAUAACACACACACGACAUCCUUCUCAGUGACAUCCACAUGUCUCCUCCGCACCACGACCUAACGUCCCUCAAUGCGCCAUCCUACUGCCUGAGAGCUACAGACUGUUUACACCAAACCCUAUAGAUGCUGCAGUCACCCCGACCACACACCCAUAGACACAUUCCAUCAAGCCACAGAUCAUCUGAAUCCCCAGCCGUGCCAACUAUCAGGUAUUCUUAUGAAUAUCGAUAUAAUAUUUAUCUUUCAAAUAAAUCCUUUCACAGAUGCAAAUGAACAAGGCUUCUGAAUAACUACAAACAGACGUAUACAAGGCCAUCUGGCUUUCAGUCUUUGCAGCCUGUGAGUGUGCGUGAGUGUGUGUGUGUGAGAGAAAGAUAGAGAGAGAUGCUCUGUGCCAACAGUGUUAUAUGUACGCGUGCCGUGUGCUCUCCUCGUUUGUCGUUGUCCGCGGUUACGCUUAUCGACCACCUGGCCUUGAAGAUGUUGUUUUAUUCACCGCUGACUCCAGACCAGCUCCGGUAACACCCCCCACCCCCACCCCCCCUUAACAAGAAAAAUAGACAAAAACAAAAAAGCAGACAUACUUUUACAUCCAUUGCUUCUAGGGUAGACCCCCCCUGUAGAGGCCAUUGGUGAUAUGACCCCCCCACCUUAUAGAAGAGAGACCCCAUGUCCCUAGAUAUAAACACUGACAAAAACACCCGCUCACACGUGAGUGGUCAUCAAACAAAUUGAACCACGUGCUGACAUCUCAAUUGGCCUUUUGAGCCACUCCCCCUGAAACCGUGAUGCUGGGGUGAGGGAGGGGGGGAGUGCAGACCAUAUUGUCACCUGGGGGGGGGGGGGGGGGGGGGGGCUGGGUUUGAGUGACCGAUUUUCGGUUCUCGGUUUAAGAAGAAGCAUUUAAAGAAGUGAUGUUUUCUGGGGUUUUUUGCACCACUAUUAUCGAGAAAAGAACAGCAUGUUUUUUUUCUAAGUGCCUGCCGGCACUGUGUGUACAUAUUGUAGGUAACACAUGGACUUGGUUCUGUUUGGUUUGUUUCUUCUGGGGGCAUUGGAAUAUUACGUAGGACUAUAGAGCAUCAUUUCCGUGACAUAUUUUAAUGUAAUCCUUUUUAGAUAAAUAUCCAUGUCCUGAAUUAAAUUAGAUUAGAUCAAAAUGUAUAGCGAAAGGAACAUGGAAUAAAGUGCUUGGUUUCUAUUUUAUUUUAAUUUUUUCCCUAAUAGCUGUUUACUAGUCGUCUCACUUACAUGUCACAAAUACAUAUAUAUAAAUAUCUUUUUUUGUAUCUAAUGUAAGCGUUUUGAAUGUUUGUUCUAUGACGAUAUAAACUGUGUGCAUUCAUUUACACUGUACAUAAAUAAAUAUAUAAUUGUUCUGUUCAGUGGCAACGCAGAAUGUCUACGGAAUUUACAAUGAUCUCGCGGCAAACCUUGUGUGUGAUGAGAGGUAAAGAUGGAGAGAGAGAGAGAGGAAGAGUGAACUAAACAGACGGAGAGUUGGGGGGGGGGUUAAGUUUAGAGUUGGUGGGUGUAUUUUGGAUAUCCUACUGGUGACAGGAUCGUCACUGGGCCACAGAUGGCUGGGGAGGGGAGGAAAAAACCAGUAUAAGAAAUCGCCUCGCAUGUGGGAUAGAAUGAUGAAUCAAGCCAAGCCUAGUUAGACGUUUAUAACUACUAAACGAAAAACAUCCAAUGUGUUGAAAUGCCUUCGGUAGCUAAUGCCUGUUACCAUAUACUCUUACAUUCCUCAGGUGAAAAGUCUCAUUUUCAUCUUUGUGAUACACAUUCCAGAGAGCUCCCCUUUUGGUCGUCUAAUUAGGGCGUUAAUGAGCUCAGUGCGUGCUCUGUUUGAAGUGUUCAAGAGGGACAGAAUUGAUUUGUGCACAUAACAGUUUAUAGAUUGGUAUGAUGGCACCAAAUUAAACCUGGACUCUACCAAACACUCCAGGAGUCACUCAAUCCAUAUAAAGCACACUACGUAGUACUUAUAUUCUAAAUAGCACAACGAUACCAAGCACGCACAAAUGUAAUCAUGUGAUGACUGCAAGGUAUACUUGAUAAAAGACAGUGGAUUGGCAUGACAUUUAAACAAAUAUGUGUGUCCAGUGUAUGUUUGAGCCUGUUUUCUACAAAGUGUCUGUAUUUUGAAAAACUCCUUGCUUAUUUCAAUUUUUCUAGAACGUCCAUCCGUAAUUUUGAUGUGAAGCCAGACAGACUGGCUGACUGUGUGAAGACAGACGGGGACUCAGUGUAAAAAAAAAUACAAAUACAAAUGAAAAAAACAUUCCUUCCCCCCAAACCUUAAAUUAAAUGUUCAGACAUAUCAUUAAAUGUUGUACCUUUGGUGUACAUAUACAAAUAUAACUAAUAAAUGUUGAUUCAUAACUAA